AUUGAAGAUGAUGUCGCGGUGGAUCUGUCGUAUUUAGACGAUUAAUUAGCGCGGUUUGAUUGUUUUGAACGCACAAUUAUGUCCCGAAUCGUUAUAGUUUUUCCUCAGAAUGUUUUCUGUGAGCUGUUUCUAAACCCUUUUCAUGAUGAAACCAGCCCGAGGAUCAGGACGGGCCUCCACACGGGGCCCAAAGGAGCCGCAGAGAGGAAGAUGCACAAACCUCAAAAGUCCAAGCCCACUGCUGAAGGCCCACAUCUGGAGCCAUCUAAGAAAAACAGCGUUAAAACCUCAACGAUGGCUAAAAAGAGUAAAAAUCAGGCAAAUUGGAAGCCACUGACCAAGUCUUCCUUACUGGCUCUGGAGAACAUGCUUAGUUUGUCGAUUCUAUCUGUUCUGGCAUUGAAAAACAAGAAAAAGAAGAAUCACAGAAUGCAUCUCAACCGCCUUAAAAAUCAGUUCCUGGCUAAGUGUGCGCAGCUUUCUGUUCCCCCAAGAAAACAUGGAGACGUUAUGCGUGUGUCCCAUCAGUUCAAAGCUGAGAGUAAGAAGUCCGAACACGGCAAGAAGACGCUUGAGUCUCUAGAGGAGAACGUGGGCUCGAUUGUUAGCACUCUUGAGGAGAUGGAGGUGAAGACAGAUCGUUUGGAGGAGAAAUGCAGGAUGAUGAGAAGCAAACUAGACGAUGAAGAGGAAAAGGCACAGGAGUUUCUACAACUGUCAGAACAGACUGUCCUGCGUCUUCCUGCUGUACCGUCUCGUCCUGCCAAUGAGCCGACGCUACAGGAGCACCUGAUGAAGAUCGUCCCCAAUCCUCCUGCAGUGGUCAGAGCACUUCAGACGGCUCCGGCGCUCGAGGAUGUGAGGGCCUUUCUGGAGCUCGCACAUAAACAGGUGGAUUCAGUACAAGCCGCUCAUAGUGACACAGCCCUGGACUGACCUUCACAGCAGGAGAACGUUUCUUAAGCUUUACACACAGACACAAACAGCGGAUAAACAAAAUAACUGCUUAUUUAUUUAAAAAAAUGAAAGGACUACACACCGAAAUUACAUUCAUCUCAAGCAUUAAUGCAACCAUCUCAACACAAACAGUGAAAUUCAGAAGAUUUAGCUUUCUCGGAAAUCAGAUAAUAUAUGGCAAAUUGAUCAACAGCUUCUUUAUUCAUAAUCUUUAAGAUGGAAAUGCCAAGUAUGGUUUGUAUCAGAUGUUCUUUCAUUUAUGUGUGAGCUGUUUUAAAUGUUUUGUCAAGUUAAGAUUAGAUAAGAUUUUCAAAGCCUUCAGUCAAAGCAAGCAAGUCCAGAGGGAAAGCCUUGUGCUGUUAAGUUUCUAAAAUGCAAAGUGCUACCAUAAUACAUCAGAAUUGGUGUUUGAAACACUUUCAUGUCCAUCGAAUGGUUAUAAAAUUGACUGUAAAGUCUUAGUCCAUCA